AUGGAAAACAGCACUGUCUCUUUUUACUUUAACCUAACCAUGUUCAUGAACAUUGGACAUUACCAUUAUCCAGCCUUUGUCUUUUGCCUCCUGCUCUACAGCUUUAUUGUGUCUGCUAAUCUUACCAUGAUAAUUAUAAUAUUACGGGAGAAAACACUACAUGAGCCCAUGUACAUUUUCAUUGCAUUUUUAUCUGUCAAUGCUCUGUAUGGUUCCACUGGUUUCUUCCCCAGAUUCCUCAUGGACCUACUGACUGAUACUCAUUUGAUCUCUCGUCCUGCUUGUUUUAUUCAGAUUUAUGUUAUUUACACAUAUGUUUUUUACGAACUGACCAUUCUGAGCCUUAUGGCAUAUGAUAGAUAUGUUGCUGUUUGUCAUCCUUUACAUUAUCACAGAAAGAUGAACUCGAAAACUGUCUACACUUUGACAUUUUUUGCUUGGGUCUGUCCAACCUGUUACCUUACAGUGUGCAUUAUUAUGGUUGUCAGGCUUCCUCUAUGUGGUAACAAUAUACAGAGGGUAUACUGUGCCAGCUGGAAUAUUGUAAAAUUAUCAUGUGUUACCAAUGCUGUUCUCAAUAUUGUUGCUUUGUUGGGGGCCAUAAUUAUAGCAUGUCUUCCGCUUGGUUUUAUCUUAUAUACUUAUCUGAGAAUUGUGAUUGCUUGUUGGAAGUCAUCAGAGGUCAGAGGAAAAGUAUUACAGAGCUGUCUUCCACAUGUUAUUUCAUUUCUGAUCUAUCUCUUCGCAUCAUUCAGUGAUGCUGCUCUGAGUCGACAAAAUUUAGAAGAGAUUAAUCCAUUUGUGGCUAUAAUUUUGUCACUAGAAUUUGUUAUUAUUCCUCCAGUUGUAAAUCCUCUUGUUUAUGGCCUUAAAUUACCAGAAAUUAGAAAACACAUCUUCAAAAUAUUAUGCUUAAGACCUCAGUCAAAAAAGAUUUCCUGCACAUUCCCAGAGUCUACUCUGAUCAUGUGA